AUGUUUAUCUUCAUUUCUUCAGGGCAGAGUGAUACCUUUUUACCUGACAGAAUAAAACUGGAUACAACACAGGCUGAGAUUUCCAAAGAUAACAUUGACUUUCAAAUGAAUGUCAUGUUCAGUAAAGAUUUUGAUAAAGAUGUUGGGUUUGUCCUCUAUGAUAGUGAUCAGUUCUUUCAGUCAAAAAGCUUUCAACCUUCUCUGGAUACCAAGAGAAGAGUAAUAUCUGCUAACCUUCAAGAAAAUAUUGGAUUUGAUCACAUUGAGUUUGCAGUCAUACCAUCGGUCGAUUCCACACUAUCCCUCAACAACUUUGCAUGUGUGUUUUGGAGUUACCCUAAAAAUGACUGGAGCCCAGAAGGCUGCUCCAAAAUAUUGAAACCCUCAGGACAUGUAGUAUGCAGCUGUCAACCGAAAGAUUUUAAAAAUGCAAACUUUGCCAUUCUGAUGGCAUUUGAUACCAACUAUCAGUAUUCUGAAGCCUUGCAUUGGAUCAGCAUCACCGGCUGCGCUCUGUCUGUACUGGGUCUGUCUGUCACAGCUGUGUACCAAAUCAUAACCAGGAAGUCAAGAGGAGGCAGUCCUACUCUGCUAGUUGUGAACAUCUGCAUGAGCAUGGCGGUUUUCUACCUUCUCUUCAUCUUCGGCAUAAACAACCCUGUCCAACAUCUGAGUGUGGCAAAGUUGUCUGGUCAGAACAUAGUUCCCGAGUCAGACCAUCACAAGUACCCAGAUAAGGGUCCCUGUACAGCAUUUACAGCUCUGCUUCAGUACUUCCUGUUGGCCACGUUCACUUGGAACACUCUGUACGGCCUUAAUGUGUUCCUCCUCUUCAAAAACGGAGUGUCUGGAACACCUCCAUGGUUUCCAAAGGUCUCCCUGGCUAUUGGAUGGGUUCUACCUGCUGUUAUUGUUGGCAUCUCAUUGGGUUCCACCUACAGUGUGAAAGAGCCUUUAGGUUAUCGACAAGAAGAGUUGUGA